GAGCGGGAGGCGGCGGGGCCGGAACCGGAGCGAGAUCCGAAUCGGAGACGGUGACGGAGCAAGAGCGACAGUCUGAUCCAGAGCCGAACACGAAAAGUCGGGGUGGCGGCGGAGCCGUGGCAGAGAUGUGCGCACCAAGAGAAGGGCGCUGGGGCCGGAGGCAGCGAGCGCUGCUGUGCUGCGUGUUGGUGGCGGCGUGGGAGGCGGCGUGGGGACAGCUGCGCUACUCGGUGCCCGAGGAGCUGCCCAAGGGCUCUUUCGUGGGCGACGUGGCCAAGGACCUGGCGCUGCAGCUGGCGGUGCUCCGCGACCGCGGAGCCCGUAUCCUGGACCGAGGUAGAACACGGUAUUUCGCUCUGCAUGCGAACAGCGGCCACCUGGUGACGGCAGGAAGGCUAGAUAGAGAGCAGCUGUGCCGCCUGGUGGAGCGAUGCGUGCUGCGUUCUGAGCUGAUUGUGGAGGGCGAGAUGAAGGUUUACAGGAUCGAAGUGGAAAUCACGGACAUUAACGACAACGCCCCCAGCUUCCGAGAGGCUGAAAAGGAACUGAGAAUGAGCGAGACGACAGCUCCCGGGUCGCGCUUUCCCCUGGCCGAGGCUCGCGACCCGGACGUGGGAGUGAAUUCCCUGCAGAGCUACGAGCUGAGCGGCGACGAGCACUUCUCGCUGUCCGUGCAGGCGGGAGCCGACGGCGAGAAGCGUCCCGAGCUGGUGCUGGCCAAGGCGCUGGACCGGGAGGAGGCGGCGUUUCACGAGCUGGUGCUGAGGGCGAUCGACGGCGGCGAGCCGGCACGGACGGGCACGGCGCGCAUCCGCGUGUCUGUGCUGGACGCCAACGACAACGCGCCCGUGUUCAGCCAGGCGGUGUACGCGGUGCGCGUGCCCGAGGACGUUCCCGUGGGCUCCACGCUCCUCACGCUCACGGCCACCGACGCCGACGAGGGAAUCAACGCGAAUGUGAAAUACUCCCUUAAAAAAGCGACGGACCUAGCAUCUGAAAUUUUCUACCUGGAUCCCGAGACGGGAUCGAUUACACUGGUAAGGAGCCUGGACUUCGAGGAAAGCGACUUCUACGAAAUGGAGGUGGAGGUACACGACGGUGGUGGACUUUUUGACACGGCUACCGUCUCGAUUUCGAUGACCGACGUAAAUGAUAACGCGCCCGAGCUGACUGUGUCGUCGGCGCUGAGCGAGAUCUCGGAGGACGCGCCGCCGGGGACGGUGGUGGCCCUGCUGCACGUGCAGGACCGCGACUCGGGCGCCAACGGCGAGGUGCGGUGCUCGCUGGUCGGCGAGGUGCCGUUCCGUCUGCGGAGCUCGGUGGCUAGACAUUACUACAGCGUGGUGACGUCGCGGGAGCUGGACCGGGAGGAGGUGUCGGAGUACAACGUGACGGUGUGGGCGUCGGACGGCGGGUCGCCGUCGCUGCGGAGCAGCGCGGUGCUGGCGCUGCGCGUGCUGGACGUGAACGACAACGCGCCGGUGUUCGCGGAGGCGCGCUACAGCGCCCGUCUGCCCGAGAACAACGCCGAGGGCGCGCUGGUGCUGACGGUGCGGGCAGUGGACGCGGACUGGGGGCAGAACGCGCGCGUGCGCUACCGGCUGGCGGAGGGGCGCGUGCGGGGCGCGCCGCUGUCGUCCUACGUGUCGGUGCAGGCGGAGACGGGCGCGCUGUACGCGCUGCGCUCGUUCGACUACGAGGAGGUGCGCGAGGUGGGGCUGUGGGUGCGGGCGGAGGACGGCGGCGCGCCGGCGCUGAGCAGCAACGUGUCGGUGCGGCUGCUGAUCGUGGACGAGAACGACAACGCGCCGCAGGUGCUGUACCCGCCGUCGUCGUCGGCGGCGGCGGCGGCGGGCGCGGGCUGGACGGGCGUGGAGCUGGCGCCGCGCUCGGCGGAGCCCGGCGCGCUGGUGGCCAAGGUGGUGGCGGUGGACGCGGACGCGGGGCAGAACGCGUGGCUGUCCUACGAGCUGGCCAAGGCGACGGAGCCGGGGCUGUUCCGCGUGGGGCUGCACAGCGGCGAGGUGCGCACGGCGCGCUCGCCGCUGGCCCGCGACGCGCCCAGGCACAGCCUGGUGGUGGUGGUGAAGGACCAGGGCCGGCCGGCGCUGUCGGCCACGGCCACGCUGACGGUGGUGCUGGCCGAGAGCGUGGCCGAGCUGCUGUCGGAGCUGGGCAGCGCGGCGGCGCCGGCCGAGCCCGGCGGCAGCCUGACGCGCUGGCUGGUGCUGGCCGUGGCGGCCGUGUCGUGCCUCUUCGUCGCCUUCCUGCUGCUGCUGCUGCUGGCGCUGCGCCUGCGGCGCUGGCGCCGCUCGCAGCUGCUGCCGCCGGCCAGCGGCGCCUUGCGCGGCGUGCCGGCCUCGCACUUCGUGGGCAUCGACGGCGUCCGCGCCUUCCUGCACUCCUACUCGCACGAGGUGUCGCUCACGGCCGACUCGCGCAAGAGCCAGCGGCGCUGGGCGGCCGACAGCUGCUGCAACACCCUCCCGGCGCGGCCGCCGCCCGACAAGGCCGCGCCGCUGCUCGGGGAAGACGCUGCCGGCGCCCGCGGCGCACCGCCCGACGCCCUCCCGGUGAGUCAGUCGCUCCGGACACCCCGACGCCCUCCGUCUCGGCUGCUUGCCUCCCUUCCUGCUCCUUGCCUUUCCCUCGGUGUUCUGCUUCCCCUUACGAUGUCCAGAAUGAUAAGCCCUUAUUAGCUGUUGAGAUAAAGUUCGAAGGUGAAUAUUGAGCAUGGUGCAACUGAAUGCUGUGAAUGUAGAGGAGUGGAGUUGGGACGUUGGUUCUGAAUUUGAAAAGAAGUUGUGAUUAGUGUUGAUAUUGUUUGUGCACUGCUACGAUUUUAUUGUGAUUGGCAAUUUCUGUAGCAUGUUUGAUUUUAUAAUUUUGAGAAUGCCUGCAGCUAUUUUGACCAUUUGAUCCUGGUUUUGCUUUCCUGAAAGGCAACGCUAAUCCUCUGGUGCCAAAAUGUUCUGUAAAAAAACUGUGUAUGCAGAGGUAUGAUUCCUUAGUAUAAUACUUUCUAAUAGCUUUGAAAAUCCUCAGUAGUCUACCCCUAUCUGCAUUGGGGUGUAGCAUUUCUUCCUAUUUGUAAUUCCAUUUUCAAGCCUUUGUUUGCAGGAAGGUUGUGCUUCAUAUUUCCCUUUUUUGAGAGGACUUUUACAUUUGAAAAUGCAAAGUUUCUAUUGCAGCAUAUCCUUUUCUCCCUUGAGAAUUUCUUGUAAGCCAUCUGGAGACAAGAUGUUGCAUAUAAGGGAAACCAAUUGCUCACAAGACUUGUCAUGAGAAAAGGCCCCAUAGCAAGAUAAUUACAUUUAUAGUUUCAUUUUCAUUUGAGAUAUGCAGGGCACAGCAUGGAAGAAUUUAUGAGAGUGGAUGAGAUUGUCUUGCUAUGAUGUCCGUACUGUACAGUGCAGAGGAAGAUUUAAGACCUGAGCCGUUUCUUGGUGCUCUCGGGAGGUGUUUCCCUGCAUGCAGAGAAGACCAUGACAUCUUUCAUGUGAAUUUCUCUACCACACUUUCUCUUUGAAUGCUUUUUUUGCUUGUCUGAUUUUAACUUUUCCUAGUCUUUUGUCUAUGUGGGUAGGCUGAGUUGUGAGUAACAGCAUAGCUGUGUUGAGGAAUGUGAUAUGCUUUCAUGGGCCUUGCUCUGGUGAUGAAAUAGGUGGAAUUUUCCUUUCCAUGUUAGAAUAUGUGGAAGGCAAGAUGCAUCUUUCCCUUAACCCAUUCAGCACUCACUCUUCUCGGUAACAGCAAAUUCCAAUAGUGAAUUCUAAUAAUGAAUGAGGAUGCCUGCACAGGGUUUUAGUGAAUUGGGAUGGUCUUGAAACAAUAUUCAAGGACCUCGUGUUUCACUUAGCUGCUUUUCCUUUCUACUCUGUGCAACUGUUCUCUUGCUGCAUGAAGAUGGUUUGAGCAGAGAAAUGUCUUUAUAUUCUUCUGUGCUGCUGUUUCAGUGUGUGUGGUGGAAUAAUGGCCUGGGUAACGUGUCUUUUUAGGCUUUAAUUUGUGCUGCAUAAUAUUUGACUAGGAUUAAAUAUGUUGUGAGAAGUGCAAGAUUGGAUUCCUGUCCUAUUUUCUUGUUCCUUUUCUGUCUUUUUCACAUUUUUGCUUUGUUUAUUGUCUAUGACAAAAUGCCAGAGAACCCUGAAAAGACUGGAAGAUCUGUCUGAGUUAUAGGAGUGGGAGAGCUGUUUCCACUCCCAGUGUGACUGUUUAGUGCUGUCAGGACAGUCUUUAAUAUCCUCAUGUUUUCUUAAAAUGUCACUGGAUGAAAUGCUCUUGCCAGUGGCUUCCAUAUGGCUAGAACUUGGAUGUUGUGAGUGGUGCAAAGGAAAGCUGUGAAUGCAGAGCAAUGAUGGUGAGUGGUUUUUGUUUGUUUCUUUCUUUCUUUUUGAUUUUAUUGUGUUGUUGUUGGUUUUGUUUGUUUGUUUCUUUUUAUUUGUUUUUUGAAUGUCGAAAAGAAGUAGCUCAGCAGUGAUAUCGUUCAGUCAGAGGUUUGACUUCCUAAUUUGUGGCAAUUCCUGCAGCAUUUAUGCACCAUUUUAUCCUGGUAUUCUUGCCCUGAAAGGUAACUUUAAUUCUCUGGUAAUAAAAUGCUUUGCAGUAAAACUGUGCAUGUGGUGUUAUGAUUCCUGCGUAUUAUGGCUUAUAAUACCUGUGAGAAUCCUCAUUACUUCACUCCUAUUUAUUAUAACUCUGUGCCAAGAGUUUCUUCAUAGCUAUAAUUCCAUUUUCAGGUCUUUGUUUUCAGGAAGGUUGUGCUUCAUAUUUUCCUUUUCUGGCUAGGACCUUUACAUUUGAAAAUGCAGAGUUUGUACUGCAGCAAGUCCUUAUCUGCCUUGAGAAGGUCCUAUCAGUCAUCUGGAGACAAAUAUUUGUGUAUAUGGGAAAUGAAACAGAAGCUGAAACU